AAAGAAAAAUCUGAAUGCAUUCAUUUUUUAACACAAAAUCUUCAAAGGCCAAAGCCGAGCGCCCAAAAAAGUGGACUCAACCUUCAAAGAUUGACUGUGAGAUUAUUUUCUGAUCCUCUUUAGACAAACAAACGAAACAAUUCCUCCACCGCGCAUGAUGUCACUGAACAAGAUCUCGUUUUGCAUCAGAAAUGCAAACAUGGGCCUGUCAAACCUGAAAAAUCCCAGUCGUAUAGCCACGUCGGAGCCUUGGUUUCUGGUAUGAAAUUAUUGUUUUUGGUAUAAACCCUGAGGUGGGUAUUUGUUGUACGCCUGGUUUCUGCAUCUGGGUAUAUUAAAAGUUCCUAACGAGAUCAAAUCAUGGAAAAUGGGAACAAGUACGCUAAGGAAUUGGAUGUGGCAGUUAGAGUUGUUCAUAUGGCUUGUUCUCUUUGUCAAAGAGUGCAAGAGGGGCUGGUUACUGCGAGUCGUAACCAGGUUAAGUCUAAGGAGGAUGAUUCUCUGGUUACCGUUGCAGAUUGGAGUGUUCAAGCAACUGUUAGCUGGGUACUUUCAGAAUCUUUUAGAGAUCAAAGUGUAUCCAUCGUUGCUGAAGAAGAUGUUAAAACUCUCUCAAAAGCAGACUCAGCAGGCUUACUGGCAAUGGUCACAAACACUGUGAAUCAAAUCUUAGCUGAAGCAUCAAAAUAUGGUCUUGAGUGUCCCAAGGAGGCCCUUGGAGGUGCACAAAUUCUGGAUGCUAUUGGUCGAUGCAACUCAAAGGGGGGUCCUGUUGGAAGGCAUUGGGUACUUGAUCCUGUUGAUGGAACCUUAGGAUUUGUGCGUGGAGAUCAGUAUGCUAUAGCUCUCGCAUUGAUUGAAGAAGGAGAAGUGGUGAUUGGAGUUCUUGGAUGUCCAAAUUACCCUAUGAAGAAAGAAUUGCUGAAUCAUCGUCAUCAGUAUCAUCAGAGCAUACCAAAAUUAUCUUCACCUACCUUUGAUGCACGGGAGAAAGGAUGUGUGAUGUAUGCACAGCGGGGCAGCGGCAAAGCAUGGAUGCAGCCAUUAAUCCCAGUAAAUAAGAAAUUUGAAUGGUCAAAUUCUGCACAACUCAUACGGGUUUCUUCCAUUGAUGAUCCUGAGCUGGCAACCUUCUGUGAACCUGUGGAGAAAGCUAAUUCAAAUCAUUCCUUCACAGCUGGUGUUGCUCACAGCAUGGGGGUUAUAAAACAACCCCUACGUGUUCAUAGCAUGGUCAAGUAUGCAGCCAUUGCUCGAGGAGAUGCUGAGAUUUUUAUGAAAUUUGCGUCGUGUGGGUACAAAGAGAAGAUAUGGGAUCAUGCUGCUGGUGUUGUAAUUGUGGAAGAAGCUGGUGGUGUGGUAACUGAUGCUGGAGGAAGGUGCCUAAACUUUUCAAAGGGGGUAUAUUUGGAGGGUCUUGAUCGAGGUAUAGUAGCUUGCUCUGGGGCCUCACUGCAUGAUAAACUCAUUGGAGCUGUUUAUGCUAGCUGGGACUCUUCUCAUCUAUGACGGCUUCUGAAUCUCAAUGAUGGACUUAUACAACACCAUUUCCAUACUAUUGGCAGGGUCAAGCAAAUUGCUGAAAAAGAUUGCCUCAUAAUACAAAGAGACUGAUUUUUACUCUGCGGUGUCAAAGAGUAGAUUCAUGGGGUCGAGGAUACAAGCCUUUUUCAAGGUGUUGUACAAUAAAGAACUACUUUGCACCUUUUUCAUGUUAUUCAAAUAUAGUAAUAACUGAUAAUCCACCCAUGACCUGGAUUAUUGCUGUUAUACUGAACAGUUUUGAUGGAGAGUUUCGGCUUUAGAGUACAUCUUAUGCUGAAUUUGUCACUUAAAAACGCUCGGCCAUUUUCCAUUUAUUAUUUGCAAUGUCUAUAAAUAGUUAUUCUAGUUCAAAAAUUAUUACACAGUUGAAGUGCGUUGC